CACGUGACCGCUCGUUGCCGUUGGUGAGUUUUUCACAUUAUGGCGGAAGGGCCAGCCGUGCGGAUGGACUGUCUCUCCCACUCUGAUGCUUGUUUUGUGUCUUAAGGGAGGGCGUUUUAUUUUAUUUUUUUUUACAUUUCCCCGACACAGCCUGGUUUCUUUUCAGCUAGACUGCACUCGUGUUUCUCGGCGAAGUCAUGGCGGACCGCGGCGUGGAUUUGUCCGCCCUGCCAAAAGAGGUUAGAGACCAAUUGGCGGAGUUGGAUCUGGAGCUGUCUGAAGGUGACAUCACGCAGAAGGGCUAUGAGAAGAAGAAAGCCAAGCUGCUGGCCUCCUACAUCUCCCAUUUGCCAAAUGUGGAUCUGUCUCUGCCAGAUGUACAGCUCUCUCCGGGCCACAGUGCCGACCCCAGCCCGAGUCCUGAGGCCCCGGGCCCCUCCACAUCUCCAGCCUCCAGACACCCCCGCACGCACCGCAGUGGAGGGGCCAGGGAUGAUCGCUACAGAUCAGACAUCCACACAGAGGCUGUGCAGGCAGCACUGGCCAAGCACAAAGAAGAGAAGAUGGCACUGCCUAUGCCAACCAAGAGACGCUCAGCUUUUGUCCAGUCUCCCAUAGACACCUGCACACCUCCAGACACAUCUUCUGCAUCAGAGGAUGAGGGCUCACUGCGCAGAAAGGCAGCUUUCAGUGCAGUGCUAGCCCAGAGCCUGCAGAGCCCUGAUUACUGGAUCAACCGUUCGGUCCAAAGCUCCUCCACAUCCUCGUCUGCUUCCUCCACCCUCUCCCAUGGAGAGCCCAAGACCCAGCCACAGCCCCAGCCCCUACCUGCUGCUUCCUUGUUGGCUGACGUACUGGCCCACACACGCAUAGAAAACAGUGUCCCCCCAGAUGUGACAUCCUCCACUCCCCAGGAGAGAGGUUCCAGGGUGGACAUGCCUCCGGUGGUCAGGGGCAUGAGCCGUGGACAGAGCCGCUCCAGCAUGCUGGAUACCGCUGACGGCAAAAGAAAAGGCGUGCCUGUCAACAGCAGGGUGUCCACUAAGAUCCAGCAGCUGUUAAACACACUCAAACGGCCCAAGAGACCACCGCUCAGCGAAUUCUUUGUUGAUGACUCUGAGGAAAUUGUAGAAGUGCCCCAGCCGGACCCCAACACCCCAAAGCCAGAGGGACGUCAAAUCAUCCCGGUGAAGGGGGAGCCCCUCGGAGUGGUCAGUAACUGGCCCCCUGCCCUGCAGGCUGCCCUGGCCCGCUGGGGGGCCACCCAGGCCAAGAGCCCUGCCCUCACUGCUCUGGAUAUCACCGGCAAACCCCUCUACACGCUCACAUAUGGCAAACUAUGGAGUCGCAGUCUGAAACUGGCCUAUACACUGCUGAAUAAACUGGGCACCAAGACAGAACCUGUCCUACAACCUGGAGAUCGGGUGGCACUGGUGUAUCCAAACAGUGACCCAGGCAUGUUCUGGGUGGCUUUCUAUGGCUGCCUGUUAGCUGAGGUCAUCCCUGUGCCCAUUGAGGUACCACUGUCACGACAGGAUGCAGGCAGCCAGCAGAUUGGCUUCCUAUUGGGCAGCUGUGGUGUUAGUCUGGCACUCACCAGUGAGGUGUGUCUCAAAGGGCUGCCCAAGACACCAAGUGGAGAGAUUAUCCAGUUCAAAGGAUGGCCAAGGAUGAAAUGGGUAGUGACAGACACCAAGUACCUGACCAAGCCAUCCAAAGACUGGCAGCCUCACAUCCCAACUGCCAACACAGACACCGCCUACAUAGAGUACAAAGCAAGUAAGGAGGGGACAGUGAUGGGAGUUGCUGUGUCCAAGAUCUCCAUGCUGACCCACUGCCAAGCCCUGACGCAGGCCUGUAACUAUUGUGAAGGUGAGACACUGGUCAAUGUGUUGGACUGCAAGAAGGAUAUGGGCAUGUGGCAUGGCGUUUUAACGAGUGUCAUGAACAGAAUCCACACCAUCACAGUGCCAUAUGCUGUCAUGAAAGCAUGUCCAAUGUCCUGGGUGCAGAGGGUGCACAUUCACAAAGCACGUGUGGCCUUGGUGAAGUGCCGUGACCUCCACUGGGCCAUGAUGGCCCACAAGGAGCAGAGAGACACCAACCUGUCCUCCAUACGUAUGCUUAUUGUGGCUGAUGGAGCAAACCCAUGGUCUGUGUCGUCGUGUGAUGCCUUCCUGAAUGUGUUUCAGUCUCAUGGUCUGAAGCCUGAGGUGAUCUGUCCAUGCGCCACCUCUCCUGAGGCCCUGACUGUGGCCAUACGCAGGCCUGGUGCACGAGGAGCUCCACUACCAGCCAGGGCCAUCCUGUCUAUGGGCGGGCUGAGUCAUGGCGUGAUCAGGGUGAACACAGAGGACAAGAACUCCGCACUCACUGUUCAGGAUGUGGGCCACAUCAUGCCUGGAGCUCUGAUGUGCAUUGUGAAACCAGACGGGCCUCCUCAGCUGUGCAAGACAGAUGAAAUAGGAGAGAUUGUGAUCAACUCUCGGGCUGGAGGCACCAUGUACUACGGCCUGCCUGGUGUCACCAAGAACACAUUCGAGGUGAUCCCCGUUAACCAAGCUGGAGCACCCAUAGGAGAAAUUCCCUUCAGUCGGACUGGUCUGCUUGGAUUUGUAGGACCGGGCAGUCUGGUGUUUGUUGUAGGGAAGAUUGAGGGGCUGCUGAUGGUGAGCGGGCGACGCCACAACGCUGAUGACCUGGUGGCCACUGCGCUAGCAGUGGAGCCUGUCAAAACAGUUUACAGAGGGAGGAUCGCUGUAUUCUCUGUGACGGUGUUUUAUGACGAGAGGAUAGUGAUUGUGGCAGAGCAGAGGCCAGAUGCCAGUGAGGAGGACAGCUUCCAGUGGAUGAGUCGAGUACUGCAGGCCAUCGACAGUAUCCACCAGGUUGGCUUGUACUGCCUCGCGCUCGUCCCAGCCAACACCCUCCCAAAGACGCCCCUUGGAGGCAUCCACAUCUGUGAAACCAAGCAGAACUUUCUGGAGGGAAACCUGCACCCCUGUAAUAUCCUCUUGUGCCCGCACACCUGUGUUACCAACCUGCCCAAGCCACGGCAGAAACAGCCAGUGGAUGUUGGUCCUGCUUCUAUGCUGGUUGGUAACUUGGUGGCAGGGAAACGGAUCGCCCAGGCUACAGGCAGAGAGCUGGGUGUAGUGGAGGACCAGGAUCUGAUCCGAAAGCACCAGUUCUUGUCUGAAGCUCUGCAAUGGAGAGCUCAAACUGACCCAGACCAUGUCCUAUAUGUGCUGCUCAAUGCCAAGGGGGUGCCAGUGUGCACAGCCACUUGUGCUCAGUUGCACAAGAGAGCAGAGAAAAUCACAGCUACCCUAAUGGAGAGAGGAGGCCUCAACACAGGAGACAAUGUGGUGCUGCUUUAUCCCCCAGGUAUUGACCUGAUAGCUGCCUUUUAUGGCUGUCUCUAUGCGGGGGUCAUCCCUGUAACAGUGAGGCCACCCCACCCACAGAACCUGGCUGCUACUCUCCCCACUGUCCGCAUGAUCAUUGAUGUGAGCAAAGCAGCCUGCAUCCUCACCACUCAGGCUCUCAUGAGGAUCCUCAGGUCCAGGGAAGCUGCUGCCAGCGUCAACAUCAAGACGUGGCCUACUAUCAUCGAUACAGAUGAUCUCCCCAGAAAGCGGCCUCCGCACAUUUAUAAACCCCCUACAGCUGAGAUGCUGGCCUACCUGGACUUCAGUGUGUCCACCACAGGCAUGUUGACUGGAGUGAAGAUGUCUCAUGCUGCAGUCAGUACUCUGUGCCGCUCCAUUAAGCUGCAGUGUGAGCUCUACUCCUCACGCCAAAUAGCCAUCUGCCUGGACCCAUACUGUGGCCUGGGCUUCGUCCUGUGGUGCCUCUCCAGUGUUUACUCAGGUCACCAGUCCAUCCUUAUCCCUCCCCUGGAGCUGGAGAGCUCGCUGUCUCUGUGGCUGAGCACGCUCAGUCAGUACAAGAUCAGAGACACCUUCUGCUCCUACUCUGUCAUGGAGCUCUGCACCAAAGGCCUGGGCACCCAGACAGAGAUGCUGAAGACGCGGGGUCUGAAUCUGUCGUGUGUGAGGAGCUGUGUGGUUAUAGCAGAGGAACGUCCUCGCCUCGCUCUCACGCAGUCCUUCUCCAAGCUCUUCAAAGAUCUUGGCUUGUCGCCGCGCGCCGUCAGCACCGCCUUCGGCUCCAGGGUCAACCUGGCCAUCUGCCUGCAGGGCACUGCUGGACCAGACCCCUCCACCGUCUACGUUGACAUGAAGUCUCUGCGCCACGACAGAGUGAGGCUGGUGGAACGAGGAGCGCCACAGAGUCUUCCCCUCAUGGAGUCAGGCACAAUCCUACCAGGAGUGAGGGUCAUCAUAGUCAAUCCAGAGACCAGAGGCCCGCUGGGAGAUUCACAUCUUGGGGAGAUCUGGGUAAACAGCCCUCACAGUGCCAGUGGCUACUACACCAUCUAUGGGGAGGAGAGUCUGCAGGCGGAUCAUUUCAACACCAGACUCAGCUUUGGGGAGCCCCACACUCUGUGGGCCAGGACGGGCUACCUGGGCUUCAUCAAGAGGACUGAGCUACUGGAUGCAAGCGGAGAUCGUCAUGAUGCCUUGUUUGUGGUGGGCUCCCUCGAUGAAACAUUAGAGUUGAGGGGGUUACGCUAUCACCCCAUCGACAUCGAGACGUCUGUGUCCCGAGCCCACCGCAGCAUCGCGGAAAGUGCUGUGUUUACAUGGACCAACCUGCUGGUGGUGGUGGCGGAACUGAGCGGCUCGGAGCAGGAGGCCUUGGACCUGGUGCCCCUCGUCACCAACGUGGUCCUGGAGGAGCACCACCUCAUCGUCGGGGUGGUGGUCAUCGUGGACCCUGGGGUGAUUCCCAUCAACUCCAGAGGAGAGAAGCAGAGGAUGCACCUUCGAGACUCCUUCCUGGCAGACCAACUGGACCCCAUCUAUGUGGCCUACAACAUGUGAUCGCCCUUCACCAACUGAUGAAAAUGCAGAAAACUGAGCCAGGCUCUGAGAACAGAAAUGAGGGAGAAGGACUUGGGGUGCGUUCAGUAGCAACCCCAAUGUUAAACCUCAGACACACAUUCAAAACACCAAACAAUGUGGAAAUGCGAGUACAGUACGAGUACUGUAAUGAGAACGUGCUUCCCUUUCAGAAACUGUUCCGUCUUUGCUUCCACCUGCUCAAUCGCUGCAGUCCAGGAUCACUGACAUUUCUACUGAGGGGGAAGGAUGUUUUCUCCCUCUUGAUAGUAGAUUCAUCUGUCAACUGGUGGAAAUUUAAUCUUCAUCCUCUCUGUGCAUCCCACUUUUCCCUCAUAGCUCCAAUUCAUGUUUUUAAAGACAUUUUUAAUUACAUACUUUUAUCCUCCCCUCCUUCCAAUGCUUGGUUUUUAUCCUGAACCAUUCAUCCUUGUGUGCUUUUAUUUUUUUUAACCCCCUCAAUUCUUUAAGGCAGGACGGCGCACUGCAACUGCUGAGAGGAGCUGGAACUUUCCCCUCUUGCACUUUAAGUCCUCACACUUCUGAGUCAACUUCCUGUCUCACCUGCCUCAAGGGGACACCCCCCCCAUGUUUGGUGCUUUCACAAGAGCAAAUCCACAUCAGUAUUAAAAAGUGCCACCAGCAAGUGCAGCCCACAGGGGCGAUCCUGACAGCAUACCUUCCUACCAGGUGCACCGUGGCUUUCACCUCCCAUCACAUACUGUAUUUGCCAGCAGACAUGCUGUCGGCAUUCACACAUUACAAAAUGUCCUAAAAAAACACAUGAAUUAUUUGUUGGUGUGGGAAAAGAAAGACUCGCUUCAUAAACAUACCAACCUGGAUAUUAAAGAUGAUCUUUGAUGGGCAGAAACACAGAUUAAUUUUCGGUGUGACUAGGAGUUGGUCUGUUAGAUAGUUCUUAUGAUUGUGAAGUACUAAUAAUUUUUAAUUUUUUUAAAAAGCACAGAUUUUCAGAAGGGUUGAGGCUAUACCUGGUGUUUAAGGGUACAUGCUAAUUUGGAGUGCAAUCAGCGAUUUUAUUUUCUAAUCCAGUUAGCCAAAAAACACAAGCAAAAUAUUGUAUGAAAAUAUAAAAUAUUAAAAAGAAAAAUCAACAUAUACCAAUGUAACCGAUGCUAAAAUUUAUAAUUUUGGUUCAGAUUUUACAAAUUGAGUACAUGUCAUUUCUGGCUAACAACUUUGUUUGGAUUAGGAAACAGGCGGAAAUAAUAUUUUGAGUCUUUGAGGAGUCUGGUAAGUGUUGUUAAACGACCUUCUGGGUUUUCCAAAGAUCGCCGGUUAUUUAUUUUUCGGAAAAUCUGGAUGGUUAGCCCUGUGAGUCAAAUGUAAAGGCACAAACUGGGGCUAGGCAGAGCUGGCAGAUUUAAGCUUGACAGUUCAUUCUUGACUUUGAAAACAACAGUUCAAACAGCACAAAAAAAUCUCAACUCAAGGUCCACUUUUCACAUGUUCCAGAGCUUUCGACCAUCUCACCAAGUCUUCAUUAGCAGAUGGAGUUCGUUCAGUUGUCACAGACUUCUCAAAGUCAUAAACAUGCCCUGAAGAGUGGAACACAUCUACAGUUCAAUGACAACUAAGCAAACUCUGUCUUCUGAUGAGGACUGUGUAAUACAACUGAAGGCUCCAGAACAAGCGAGUAAGUGGACCUUGAGUUGAGAUUUAUUUGGUCAAGGGCUGGCAGAGUUUGACAGGAUAAAAUCUCCCAGUUUCCUGGCUUGAACUGAAGUGAGCCGCUAGCUUUCAGUCUGUGUGUAGUUUCCCAUGUCAAAGCAAAGAGCAUCAUUCAUUUAAUGUCAGCGCCAAAGUUGAUUAGAUAAAUAUAGAUCAUCAGAAGGCAAGUCAGUGCCUUUUUAUUGCACCAUCGUGACAUUUAUGAUCACAGACUGUUGAAUUUCUCAAAAAUAAGAUAUCAAGAAUGAGGACAGAACUUUGCCUUACUAAACCUGUGGAACUUCAGUACUUUUUAUGUUUAAUCCCUCAUUUCUAGCUGUACUAAUAGUGUAUUCCACCAUUUUUCACAUGUGGAAUCAGACACCAGUUCAUAACUCAAAAGACACUCAUCACAAUUUUUAUUUUAUUGUUGGGGGGGGGUGGGUCUUGAUGUUUUGCGAAGAUGUUCGCGGUCAUGCCUUUCUCAUUUCAUCAACAAUUUCUGUCUGUAACACUGAAAAAAUUUAGGAAUGAACAACAAUCAGUAAGCAACCCGUGAUUUAAAAAUGGCAGAAUCCUCCUGUAAAAAAAAAAAAAAAAAAAAAAGGUAAUAAAUGAGGGUAAGGAUGUUGUCUGUAUAUUGUAUUUUAGAGGUCAAAUACUGUAUUACUAGUGUUAAUGUGUACAUGGAUAUGAACUUUGUUGAUAAAAACUUGACUGAUCUUUCAUACUUGACAACAUUUUUCUGCAUUGUUAAUUUAAUGGUUUGCAAAAGAGAAAAAAAAAGUUUCAGAUUACUUUGGCAGGAACAAUGUGCACUUUCCCAAUAUCAUUUUAUGUGUGUGUGUGUCUCCAUGAGGAGAGUGUGUGUGUGUGUGUGUGUGUGUGUGUGUGUGUGUGUGUGUGUACAGUUUAACAGUGAUAUUUGGCUUUUCUGGUGCAACAAGGCUUGUCUUUUGUACGAAAAUGAUCCCAGAAUAUUGAACCUUUUUUCCCCUCCUUUUUUUUAAUGUCGCCUCCACUGUAUUUUAAUUCUUUCCAUUCAAAAUUGGAAUCAAAUAUAUUUUAUAGGGGUUUCGUCGAUAUUUUCCUGAUUUAAUCUUUCUUUAAAACUGCACAACUUCUGCAAACAGCUGGUUUGAUUUAGAAGCAGCUUAACAUACAGUACAACACAUACAACAAUAAACCACUUUUCGUUCAGCGACAGACACUGAUGACAUGUAUGUGAGCCUGUAUCUGGGGCAAGUUAGAGUUACUCAUGAAUAACCAGGUGAAGCUUCUGAGCUACUGUGUGAUAAUUGCUUUGUUGCUACUGUUUCACUACGACAAGUUUUUAAUAAAGUUUUAUAAUUUCAUGUUGGCCUUCAAACCUUUUCAAUAGACAUUGGUGCUAUUCAAUAAGGGAAAGUAGACAGACUUUUGUCCUCCAAUGUCGUAACAAAGAAGGUUUCUUCCUGGAUGCCCUUUUUGUGUGAAAAUAAGUCAUUCUUUUUCCAUGCCAACGUUUUCAAUGAUUUCACUCACUGCUCAGUUCUAAAAUUGUUCGUCAUCACCAGUUUUCAUCAGCUCUGAGAUCUGAUGAAAAAUUUCUCAACAGGCAACUCAACAUGGACAAUGCAACUCCACAUAUCCAUUUCCAUUUUAAUAUUUAUUUCAGUUUUCAAGUUGCCGUGUUGUGAGGAAUGGCGUUCAGUUCGAACCUCCAAAAGUUAUUCUAAGCACAAAAUGUAAAUGUACAUGUGAGGUAAUGAAAUUUGGAUCUUUCACACAAAAAAACUCAAGGGCCCACAAUGUAUACCUCAACAACUGUCUGUUCACUAUGCAUUGUCAAGCUGCAGCAAAGACAUUCUGAACUAGUCAAUGGUGCGAUAACUUCUAACAACAUGUCUUACUUGACAAAAACACUGUCACACUGUCAUUGUGUUUCAUGUCAAAUAAAAAAUCCUUUGUCAGA